AUGCCCACUUCUAUAGAGAUGGCGGAAACCCCCUCCGAGCGCCAUGUCGACCAUGUUGAAAAGACGGUCGUACAUGAAACCAUUCCGGAUAAAGAGUCGGGCACGAUUAGCUUGCACGAACUUGCAUCGAUCGAUGAAGCGGCCGUUCUGCGUAAGAUGGAUCUCAGACUGAUCCCGAUGCUCAGUGUGUUGUAUCUUCUGGCAUUCUUGGACCGCGGCAAUAUCGGCAACGCCAAGAUCGAGGGUUUGGUGGAGGAUCUACACAUGACGGGGCCACAGUAUAAUUGGACUUUGACGGUGUUUUUCUUCACUUACUGCGUCUUCGAGCUGCCGAGCAACCUUCUGCUCAAGAAGCUCCGACCCUCGCGAUGGCUACCGCUCAUCAUGGUGGCAUGGGGAAUUGUAAUGACAUUGAUGGGCGUGGUCCAAAACUACAGCGGCCUGCUCGCCACUCGUCUGUUCCUGGGUGUUGCCGAGGCGGGUCUGUACCCCGGUGUAGCCUACUAUAUCACCUUAUGGUACCCGCGCCACCGAGCCCAGUUCCGUCAAGCCCUGUUCUUCAGCGCCGCUAGCAUCGCCGGAGCAUUUUCCGGUCUUCUGGCAUACGGCAUCGCUAAAAUGGACGGUGUCGGGGGAUACGCCGGAUGGCGGUGGAUCUUCAUCCUCGAAGGCCUGCUCACGAUCAUCGUAGCCCUCUUUGCCCCGCUCGCUAUCCACGAUUCUCCGGAAACAGCCACCUUUCUGACCGAAUCAGAACGACGCUUUGUGAUCCAUGCUUUGCGGACCCAAAACUCGGCAGACAAGCGCGAGAUGGUACAAGAUGAGGGCGAGUUCCGGAUGAAGUAUGUUAUUGAUGCGUUUACGGACUGGCAGAUCUAUCUGGGUCUAUUUAUGUACUGGGGCAUAACCUGUCCACUGUAUGGAAUCUCGUUGUUCCUGCCCUCUAUUAUCAAGGAUCUAGGGUACAAGUCUUCUACUGCUCAGCUGCUCACUGUCCCCAUUUAUAUCACAGCAGCCAUCGUCGCUGUCUGCGCAGCAUGGUUCUCCGAUCGUCGCAAGCAGAGGUCUCCAUUCAUUCUGUUCUUCAUGGCCAUGAUUGCCAUUGGCUUCGUUAUUUGUCUUGCAUCGAGCGGUCGUGGGGUGCCAGGUGUGGUGUACUUUGGAGUAUUUGUCGCGGUCAUCGGAAUCUAUCCCGCCUUUCCCGGAAACGUCACUUGGUUAAGCGUCAACCUCGCAGGCGACUACAAGCGGGCUGCCGGAAUGGCUAUCUAUAUUGGUCUAGGAAAUCUAGCUGGAGCCAUGGCUUCGAACUUCUAUCGCACACGGGAUGCACCGCAAUACAUCCUCGGUCACUCUCUUGAACUUGGAUUCGUGAUCGUAGGCAUGAUCGCGACUGUCAUUAUGCGAUUUACGUACCAGCGCAUUAAUCGGAGUAGGGAUCGUAUGGAUCCUUCACAGUAUCCGGCGGAUAUCGACUCGAUGGGUGACCGAUCUCCUCUUUUCAGAUACAUGCUGUGA